CUCGAGAUGGAGCAGGAAUUAAGGGAUAUUUUGAGGCGGAAUCGGGUCCGUUUGGUCCAGUCUCUUCAGGUUAAAGAGCUGUGGGAUCUCCUGGUGGAGAGAGGAGUCUUCAGCAAUGACAUGAUAGAGGAGAUCCAGAGAGAAGGGACACGGAGGGACCAGGCCCGGAAGCUGCUGGUAGAGCUGGAAACACGUGGGAGCCAGGCAUUCCCUCUCUUUCUGCUGUGCCUAAAGGAGACUGCUCAGCAUGAUCUGGCAGAUUUCCUCCAAUCAGACAGUGGCACACGGGUCUUACAGCCCAUUCCAACAACUCCAAGCCCAGUGCUGAAACCUCUACCCAAAGCGGAGCCUGCUGAGUAUCCUGCAAGAGAGAUCAGAAGUAGAAAAGGAACCCUGGACAAAGACAAGGAUUAUCCCAUGUCAUCGGACCCCAUUGGAUUCUGCCUCAUUAUUAACAACAUGAAUUUCCAUGAAUGCACUGGAUUAUCCACCAGAACUGGGUCAGACAUAGACCGGGACAAGCUGGCCAACAGAAUGCGCUCCUUUCACUUUGAGGUCACGGUGAAGGAUAAUCUGACGGGGCAGGCCAUGCAUGAUCAUCUGCAGGCACUUGCUGACCAAGACCACAGCCUGCAGGACUGCUGCCUGGUGGUGAUCCUGUCCCAUGGCUGUGAGACCCGGCACAUUCAGUUCCCAGGAGGGGUUUAUGGAACAGAUGGAAUACGAAUUCCCGUAGAGAGAAUCGUGAGCUACUUCAAUGGUUCCAAAUGCCCCAGUCUGCGUGGAAAGCCCAAAAUUUUCAUCAUCCAAGCCUGCGGCGGAGAUCAGAAAGACAAAGGAUGUGAGGUGACUUCCGAUACCCCACCACUGAGCCCCACUUCUACUUCCCUGCAGUCUGAUGCCACCCCUGUUUUCUCUGGGGAAGGUGACAGGGAUGAAGUGGAUGCUGUGUCCAAUAUUCCCACUCCCAGUGAUAUCUUGGUGUCUUAUUCCACUUUCCCAGGCUACGUGUCAUGGAGGGAUAAGCACACAGGAUCGUGGUAUGUAGAGGUGCUGGACAGUGUCCUUGCAGAACAUGCAGCUGCAGAUGACCUACAGUCCCUUCUAGUGAUGGUCGCCGAUGGAGUUUCAAGCAAAGGAACCUACAAACAAAUCCCUGGAUACUUUAAUUUCCUUCGGAAGCGAUUUUACUUUAAGACGGAUUGAAUGCUACAUGGGAACUAGGGAUGCACCAAAUCCAGGAUUCGGUUCGGGAUACGGCAAGGAUUCGGCCUUUUUCAGCAGGAUUCGGCCGAAUCCUUCUGCCCAGUAGAAUCUGAAUCCUAAUUUGCAUAUGUAAAUUAGGCAUGGGAAGGGAAAUCACGUGACUUUUUGUCA